GUGCUGCUAGAAAGUAUUAGUUGAUCUUGAUUGCUAGGCAUUUCGCAUUUUGUCACUUCACGAUUGACUUUUAAUUAAUCUGACAUAAGUUCAUAAGGACUACCUAACUAAAGCCUACCUAGGCCUAGGUCGGCACGUCCUAGCAAGGAGAUUAGUGAAUACUAAGAUUAAAUAUCUUCAACAACCAAUCAGGAGAAAUAUGACUGAUGAUUACAGGCCUAGCAAAAGGUUCUGCAGAGCCAAGUCUGAGGAUCCCGCAACUAGGCUGCAAGGAAUGGCUUCUCAGUUUGGUUGCAAGAUCACCGAUGAAGAUUUUGCUCUCAAGAUGGACGUGCAAGACCCACUGGCAUAUCUGAAGAAAGAAUUUGAAAUUCCAAAAAUGAAAGAUUUACCUGGUGUUGAUUUAUCUUUAGUGGAUGCAGAGGCAGAAGGUAUAUACAUGUCUGGUAACUCAUUAGGUUUGAUGCCCAGAUUAACCAGGCAAUACAUGACAAACGAACUAGAUAAGUGGUCUAAAACAGGUGUCUAUGGACAUUUCAGUGGUGAGCUGCCGUGGGUACAUUGUGACGAGAGAGUUCAAGCCGACAUGGCAAAACUAGCUGGUGCAGAAGCCAGUGAAGUUUGUGUAAUGAAUGCUCUGACAGUAAACCUGCACCUGCUAAUGAUGUCGUUUUAUCAACCAACCAAAACACGCAACAAGAUAUUAAUGGAAUCUAAGGCUUUUCCAUCAGAUCAGUAUAUGAUUGAAUCUCAAAUCCAGCUGCAUGGAUACAAGCCGAGUGAUUGUAUUAUUUAUGCAAAUCCAAGACAGGGUGAACAUGUAAUACGAACUGAAGAUAUUCUGGAAUUAAUUAAUAAGCAUGGUUCGGAAAUUGCAACAAUAAUGUUUAGUGGAGUUCAGUAUUUUACUGGUCAGCUAUUUGACAUGGAGACCAUCACCAAAGCUGGUCAUGAUCAGGGUUGUUUAGUUGGAUUCGAUCUCGCACAUGCCAUUGGCAAUGUUGAGUUGCGUCUUCAUGAUUGGAAUGUAGAUUUUGCUGCAUGGUGCAAUUAUAAAUAUGUUAACAGUGGGGCAGGCUGUUUAGCUGCGGCAUUCAUACAUAAUAAACAUUCCUGUAAUGUAAAACCAAAAUUGCUUGGUUGGUGGGGACAUCGUUAUGUGUCACGAUUCAAAAUGGAUAACACAAUGGAUUUGUCACCGGGCGUGGCUGGAUAUCGUAUAUCCAACCCUUCCAUAAUGGCUAUAGUUCCAUUAAAGGCAAGCCUCGAGGUAUUUAAUAAAACCAGCAUGUCUGAGAUUGUUUCUAAGCAAGUGUUGUUAACUGGGUAUCUUGAAUACCUUGUGAAUCACUAUUUUGCAAAGGAUGCUGUGAAGCCUGGAAUGCCGUAUAUUGAUAUCAUCACACCUUCUAAUUCAAAAGAAAGGGGAUGUCAGCUGUCCUUCAUCUUCUCAAUUGCUGUCGACCAAGUUCACAAACAGUUGAAGAAGAGAGGAGUUACAUGUGAUAAACGUGAACCUGAUGUGCUGCGAUUCGCACCUAUACCUUUUUACACAUCUUAUAUUUCCAUCUAUCAUCUGAUUGGUCACCUCCAGCAAGCACUCAAGGUGUGUGUUCUAAAUACGACAUCAGUCGAUGGUGUCAACGGACACUGAUUUUCCUGAUAAUAAUACUGUAAGACAUCACAACAAAAACAAAUCGUGAACUUGCCAAAUAUGAUGGAACGGUUUUAAAUGGUGUAUAUUAAUUUGUUUGGACUUUAGGAUUGGUUAAUUAAAGUAUAUUUCACUAAUAGAGUAUUGGGUCACAGUGCCUUUAAUAUAAUAACUGUAUUUAUGUUUAAUAUGCCUGUUACAUGUAUUUUCCUCUAAUUUUUAUGAGCAUUUUCAGUGCAACAAAUUUCCUUUUGGGCAAAUAUAGUUGUCAGUAUUUAGUAUUAUUAAGCACAAAAUAAAGAAUUUAAUUAUA